AUGGAUAUGCAUCACGGCGGCAUGAAUAUGAAGCUUCUCAAGCGUAUGGAUAUGGGAGGCGAGUCAAAGGCAACAACGAGUGAUGCCUGCUAUGCUGGCGACAGUGUCUGGCUCGAAACCUUUUCCAACUGCGUCCACGAAAAGUGCUCGAAGGACAGUGUCGAGCAGAGCACACAAGCCCAAUGCUUCUCCAAGCUGGCCGCAAACGGACUAUCCGUACCAACUUUGCAAGCUUCCUUGCCAUCAAUUGCACCCACCGUCCAACUAGAGGCGGAAGCCACCAGACUGAACUCGACAAGUCUUGUCAAUGAAGAUGCCUACCUCGCAAACUAUGUGACGAUGAAGGAGUUUGUAGCCUCUGAGCACAGGCAUACUCGCUACGCCUUUGCCAAUCUUGCUCUUGCAAUUCUUUUCUCGGGUCGCAACAACCUGCUCAUGUUCAUUACUGGCUGGAAUCAGAGUACAAUGCUAGCCAUCCACCGUUGGGCAUCAAGAGUUGCAACCGUUCAGGCUGUUGUACACUCCAUCAUCUAUACAAUAACCUACUUCUGGACCGGUGGAACAGUUGCAUACCGGACUGAGGCAGCUAAGCCUUACUACUGGUGGGGCAUUAUCGCUACCGUCGUGCUGUGCCUCGCCAUAGGCUUUGCAGUCCUUCCCUUCCGCACUCGGUCUUACGAGACUUUUCUCAUCACACACAUAGCUUUUGCUAUACUCGCAUUGAUAGGUUGCUGGUACCACAUCGAUCUGCGCUUUGGCAAAGAAUGGGGCUACAAGGUCUGGCUUUACAUUGCAUUCGCUUUCUGGGCGUUCGACAGGUUGAUGCGAUUCGGUCGUCUGCUGUACUUCAAUUAUUUCGGCAGUCCCAUUGCGGUCGUCAAACAAAUCCCACACACCGACAUCUUGCAGAUGACUAUCUAUCCCAAGAAAGCCUGGAACGUGAAACCUGGACAACACUCAUUCCUCUAUAUACCUCUGCUUGGCAAGCCUUGGGAGAACCAUCCUUUUACCAUCGCAUCUUGGAGCUGUUCCGAGCCGAGUCGUCACACGCCAGGCAUCGCAAAUGCAUCUACUGGCAAAGAAGCAGAGGUCCAGAGUGUCGAAAUCGACAGUUCUUCCGCUUCAAAACACAGUCGCGGUUCGCAUCAUCCUACUCAAAUUACUGCAGACACUAUCCUAUGUGUCGCAGGGGGUAUUAGUAUCACCAGCUGCAUGAGCUUCUUGCAGCAAUACGUCAAUGAGUCGUUAUCGGCCGCACCUACUUCGAGAGCAUUGACGGGCCACAUGUCCAAUUUCGUGCUCGCUUGGUCGGCUAGAGAAGAGUCGCUCAUUCAGCAUGUGUCUACCUCGCUAUUACCUGACUCUGCUGCAAGUGCGCAGAACAAGCAGAUCGAAUAUCGGUUCUGGUGUACUGGAGAGCAAGGCAGUCAAGACAAGGGGCUUGAGCAAGGCAGCGAUCUGCGAAGAGGCAGGAUGAAUGUUGAAGAGGUUGUGAGAUUGGUAGCAGAAAAGGGGAAAAGAGUUGUGGUGGUGGUUUGCGCUCCUGGCGGCAUGGCGGAUGAAGCAAGGGCGGCUGUGGUUGGCUGUUUGAGAGAUGGUAUGCCUGUUGACCUGAUCGAGAAGGCAUUUGCAUGGUAG